AUGAGUACUAUUAAGUCAGAUGGAAAAAGAGUAUCACCAAUUCAUAUUCUCUCGUUGGAGAAGAACAAGACUGUGCAAAUAAUCAGACCAGAACCAGAAGUGAAUAUCCGGCCACCUUCAGUAUCAACACCUCCAAGACAGGAUCCAGUGAUUACUUUACAGCAGCCUCCUAAUAAGAUGACACAACAAACACUCUCUCCAUCACCAAUGGUUGUUCCUCAGAUGGGUAGACUGACACCUGUAAGUGGCCAAAAGGAAUUUCUCCAAGAACUUGCCAAGAAUAACCAGAUGCCCCCUGGCAGACCAUUUUCUCCCAAUCUUCUCGCUUUUACUCCACAACAGCAACAGCAGUUAUUGAAAACCAUGGCAAUGAAUCAAAGGUCAGUGUCUCCUUGCCAAGAGUUACUUGGAACUCUUCUCAAACACCAACAGAAUACAUUACAGAGGUCGACAUCUCCACAAGAAUUUUUACAAGUGUUGCGUCCACCUCCAUCAUCUCCUCGGAUAGCAUCCCCUUUGAGUUAUCCUGGAAAUAGAGCAGCAUCACCUCUGCCACCCCCAUCACCAGGACUUGCUCCGUCAGCUCCUCCUAACACCCCUUCGAGCAUACCCCGUGUACCAUCUCCACAAGAACUAGUGGCACAUACACAGAGUAUUUACCAACAAGCGUUGAUAAAAAAGCAAUUAGAAGUACAGAAAGAAAAAUACAUGGCAAGGGAAGCAGCCAGAGCCAAGUCGCCCAUUCCAAUGUCACAAAAUAUGCAUAUGAACAUGAACGAUAAGCCAAUGCAGGUACCAGUGCCAACAUGCAUGUCCACGCCACAGAGGACCAUGUUAACUGCCUUCACACCAACGUCGGUAAUUCGUAAAAUGCAUGAAAGCAAAGCUGAACAAAGUGAUAAAGAUGGACCAUCAAUGGCACAGGUACAAGGCAAUAACGUAUUUACAGCACAACAACGACUAAAACCUCUUGAUCACUCCAUGGGCAAUGUGUCUUCACAAAACCAACUUGUUAACAACAUGGAUGGUCCAGCAGGUGGGCACCAGCAGCCUCCCCUGUCACCAAUGAAUCAUGUACCACAUAAUGUGCCAGUGGUUAAACUCUAUCAGCAACCGUCACAGCAUAUGCAAGCUCCACAGUACAAAUCAAAUCAGCAAGGACCAUACAAUCAACCACCCCCUCCUCCCUCGUCAUAUAAUCAGGCACCUCCUCGCCGUACAAACAGGCACCGUCUUCUCCGUAUAAGCAGGCGCCACCUUCGCCAUACAAACAGGGGCCACCUUCGCCGUAUAAACAGGCACCGCCAUCACCAUAUAAACAGCCACCCUAUAACCAGCCCAAAAUUCCGCCUUCUUACAAGCAACAACAGCCUCAAGUGUCGGCGUUUAAUCAACAGCCUUGUGUUCCAAAAAUGCAGCAGCAUCACAGUCCAGUGCAUCAACUUAAUAAAGACAUCUCUGGAGAUAUAGAUUACAAUAAAAUACGAGAGGUGCAACUGCAGCAGCAGCAAAAAGCUGCUGCAGUUGAAGGACAGAAUUCGAUGGGACCAAUGCAGAUGCAUCCCUGUCCACAACCACCACUGCCAGUGUCGAUGAUUCCUUCACGUAUGCCAGCUCAGCAGCCUUUACUACGUGGAGUUUAUCCAGGAAUUUCAAAUGUGAGAAAUGUACCUAACAUGCCAUUACAACAGGGUAACAAUCCAAGGCCAAUGCAGCAGCAAGUGCCAUUGAUAGUGAACCCCAGAUCCCCAUUUCCAUGUACAUCAUCCGGAGCAAUAUCCCAAACUGCUGCCACUGCUGCUGCUAUAGCUGCUAUGCAAGCUCAGGCUGGACUCCAAAGAAGUUUGUCACAUAAUCCAAAAAACUCUAGACCAG